UACUUUAAGGAGGAUUCGCGCAAAGUUCUUAAAAAUAUUAUACCAGCUGAAAAAUAAUAUAAACUAAUUUUGGAUUUCUUAACAUAGCAGUUUCAAAAAUAUCUUCAUUCUUGAUUGUUUAAUGGUCGUGUUCGUGCUAAAUUAGUAGAAAAAUAUGUACUAAUUUAUGUAAAAUUUGGGGUGUUGUUCGGUCACUUCCGGGUUGAAAUGCACAAAAAUUGACAGAUUGUCAGCAUGAAGAUGGUGGCUGUUACUUUGAUUUUGAAUUAACUAUUGUAACAACAAAGGCUGGAAAACAAGACCUUCAAGUAUUGGUGAAUAAACGCAAGUGAAGUCACUAAAAGGACAGAAUGCCGUUUUUCAAAAAGUUCUUAGGAAGUUCAGAUGAUGUAACUGGUAAAGGGAGGGGAGCUGUAACUCCACCAGGACUUCAAACAAUGGGAGCAAAUUUACAGCGCAAGUUUGCUAAAGGGGUACAGUAUAACAUGAAAGUGGUAAUUAGGGGAGACAGAAAUGUAGGAAAGACUUGUUUGUUUCAUAGACUCCAAGGUCAGAAAUUUACAGAAGAAUAUAUACCUACAGAUGAAAUACAGGUUGCUAGCAUACAGUGGAACUACAAAGCAACAGAUGAUGUUGUGAAGGUAGAAGUGUGGGAUGUUGUUGAUAAAGGAAGGAAGAAAAAGAAGAAAGAAGGGUUAAAAUUGGCAACAGACGAGGAUGAUCAGAAUGACGCAGAGCCGUGUCUGGAUGCUGACUUUGUAGAUGUAUAUAAGGGAACAAAUGGGGCCGUCCUCAUGUAUGAUAUAACCAAACAGUGGACAUAUGAUUAUGUUGAGAAAGAGAUGGAGAGAAUUCCUCCCAGUAUUCCAGUGUUGAUACUUGGUAACCAUAGAGAUAUGGGACAUCAUAGAACAGUCCUGGAGGAUAAAGCUAGAUACUUUGUUGAAAGUCUGAAUAGACCAAAGGGAUCUGGCCAGAUACGCUAUGCUGAGGCUUCAAUGAGAAAUGGAUUUGGUCUCAAAUAUAUUCAUAAAUUCUUUAAUCUGCCAUUUCUUCAACUUCAAAGAGAAACAUUGUUAAAACAGUUGGAGAUUAACUCUGAAGAUAUACGAUGUACCGAAGAAGAGCUGGAUAUACACGAGGAAUCUGAGGAACAAAAUUAUGAUGUGUUUAUUGAUCAACUGGCAAAGAAGAGACGUGACCAACAAGACUCUAAGGGUGUUCAGGGAAUAAUGACUGCCCCACCACCACAUUCACUACCAGUUAAACCUAGUACCUUGUCUAAUGUUCCACGCUCAGUAUCAGCUCCUGCCAUUCAGAAGUCAGCUGUCACUCCAGAUGCCAAUCACAGUGUAACCACUCCUACUUCUUCAUUGGCCACACCUUCUCCUGUGUCAAAUACACCAAUCACAGAAGUUCCAGAACCUGAGCCUCAAUCUCAAGAACAGAAUAAGCCAACACAACAAAAAGAAACUGUCAAACCUGUAGAGCAGAAGUCAGGGUUUUUCUCCAGAUUGUUUGGUAAACAAAACACACAAGCACAAGGGCCGUCUGCUGAAGUAAAACCAGAGGCUGUUGAAGAGCCAACUACACCUGUGAAGAGUGUUGAAGAUUUUGUCCCAGAUACUGGAGAGCUUGAUGAUAGUUUCCUUGAUGAUACCAAAGAGGUGAAGGACGUUUCUAGGGGCAGUAGUAAAGAGCCAAAUAGUGAUAGUGAGGAUGAAGAUGGUGGUAAUCCAAUGGUAGGCUGGUUUCCAGGAUAGAUCCUGAUUCUUGAAGAUGAAAUAGAAGCCAGUAAAUCCUCCCAACAGGGAACCAGUCGGCCUAAAAUUACACAAGACAUAGAUUUAUCAAGUGACGAUGAAGACACUACGCAUUCCAAUACACAAACUGUGAAAUAUGAUGAAGAUUAUUUGUCGUCUGAUGACAAUAAGAAAACUGUAAAAGCUGCUUACAACAAUGCAAAAACUAAAAAAAGUGUUAGUGAUGAAAAUAGUGCCAAAAAAAAUAGUUCCGAUAUGCAUGACUUGGAAAAGAAACCGAAAUCAAACUCUGUGUCAUCCGGAAGUGAUAAAGAAGCGGUUGUGAAAUCUGGGUCACAUCUAGGCAUUGAUUCUAUAAAUAGCACAAAGACACAUAGUAGAACAGGAUCUUUGUCAUCUAAUGCUACAAGUGACACAGAAAAAAAUAUAUCUAAUAAUAUCAGCAAUAGUUUAAAUAAACAGACAGGUAAUUCUCAUUCUAGGAAAAUCUCGUCUGAUUCAAGUAGAUCCGAUCAUGUGACAAAUUCCACCAAUCAUAAGACAGAAGAGAAAUCGUCCAAUCAAGAUUCCGAUUCCGAGUCCGAUGACCAAAUAACCGUGCUUCAGGAUGCGGACAUUAAUCCCGAAGAUUUUGGUGGUGCCGAUGUGUUUAAUGAUUGGCUGAACAAACAAGAGACAGUUAAGAAAGAAAAACCUUCCAUUGUAGCAGAUGCUGGGGAUAGUCAGGAGAAAAAGAAAACAAAAAAAAAGAGUCAGAAACAUGUUGAAAGUAGUGAUGGUGGAGUAGAGAAAGAGACAAAGAAGAAGAAAAAGAAGAAGAGAGACAAGGAUGAAGACAGGACCGAGAAAAAGACCAAGAAAAAGGAACGGUCAAAAAGUGAAAAAGAAAGUAUCAAAGAUUCUGAUGCUCAGAAAAAGGACAAGAAAAAGAAGAAGAAAACACUAGAGGAGGAGGGUGAAGG